GUAGAGUAGCCACUCCAUCGAGGGGGCGAUCGUGGCCGUUGGAUGUCCCCAUCCGACGGCAAUGCCGGUGUCUUUGUGCUGUCGUUUUCGAAUGGACGGGCGGAGACCGGAAGGAGCCGUCGCCCGUCGGCCGGCGGAGACUCACAAGCGUGGCGCCCACCCCAGCCGCCGGUCGCGCCACCGACUAUAUCCCUAACGAAAAUAUUCGCGUGUAUAUUCCUCUCCCGGAAAAAAUAUUUUGCUCCAAACCUAAGUCUGCGCUUAGAGGACGACCGCUGCGCCGCGCCGACGCGCAGCCCAGCGCCGCGAUGAUCAUCGCCAGGUAUCGUCUAGCUCGAGCGCCUUGGAUCUCCAGGCGCCACUGCCUCCCGCUGCUUGCAUUCUCCUAGGGUAGAGUCUCUCGAGCUAUGGCGCCGUCCGGCAAGGCCCGCCAUCGCUCGCACCGCCACAGAAGGGACGCGGAAGAGGAGCUGGAAGAGGAGCAGGAGGGAGAGGAAGACGACUCUGUGGGCUCGGGUACUGUAGCGAGAAGGAAAUCUAGUAGCAGCAAGCGCAGGGACAGUGGCGAGAAGGAGAAAGAGAGGGACGAGGCCAAGCGUGGCCACAGUUCUCACAAGAGGAAGCAUAGCUCUGAUGUCGCUGCUGCUCAACACUCGAGCCAUUCUACCAAGAAGACGAGGUCUGGUGAGAAUGAAGGGGUUGUGGUAAGUGCUCCUGAGAAAGUUCUGGUGUCCUGCGAGAAAAAGGACCGUAAGUCUGAUCAUGGUCGAAGUAGCGAUUCUGGGCCUCGGCACAAAAAGUCCAAGGAGAAAAAGCAUAGCGUGGCUGACAGAGAUGGAGACAGGAAUUUCACGGACUUGGAGAGUGAUAGAUACUGUUACAACGCCGAGGACGAAGAACGCCAUUACUCUCGAGAUCAUAGGGACGAACCGGAGAGAGACAGAGAACGCGAUGGUGACGACCGGAAAGACAGAGAUAGAGGUGCAAAGCAUCGAGAACACAAGGAUGAGCGGUCUAAGAGAAGCCACAGUGACGUUAAACACACAGACCCGGACCAAAGCAAAGACAGUCGAAAGAAGUCCAGGGACAAUGAAGAUCAAACGAGGCCAUCCAAGGAAGAGGAUGGCCAUCACAAGGAAUCCAAACACAGAAGUCGUGACGAUGAUCAAGAACGUAGAAGCAACAGGGAGCGAAACCACGAGGUCAAGUCCAGCAAGGAUGAGAGGUCUCACCGAGCGCACGAAGAAGAACGAAGAGUAAACGGUGGAGAGCGACAUGAAGAGAAGCAGGACAAAGAUAAGUUGAAGCCGAGGAGCGAUGGCGAGAGAGAACGCAAGGACAGGGAUGGCGAGAGAGAACGCAAGGAUAGGGAUGGCGAGAGAGAACGCAAGGACAGGAAUGGCGAGAGAGAACGCAAGGACAGGGAUGGCGAGAGAGAACGCAAGGACAGGGAUGGCGAGAGAGAACGCAAGGACAGGGAUGGCGAGAGAGAACGCAAGGACACUCAGAGUGAACGCAGCAGAGUAUCGUCAAGAGAAGAGAGCAGGACCAAGGAUAGCGAACGGAGGUCGCCAGGAGAUGAUUAUAGUUCGCGAAAGGACAAGCGUAAGCAUGAGUCAGAUUAUAGAGAACGAAGCCGCAGCAGAGAUCGUUCUAAUGAAGACGACUAUAGGAGGCGGCAAAGAUACUACAAGUAUGAGCGCGACGAGCGUUCUCAUCAUUACAGGGAUUACAGAGACGAGGACUACAAGCGUUCCUCAGAUGAGAGGUCUCGCAGGGGGCCUUCGUCCUCGGGUCGUCCUGACGAUUAUUCAAGGCGAGGUGGUUCCUAUCGAAGAAGAGAUGGCGCGGAGGAGCCUUGGAACUGGAAAAACGGUUUUUUUCCGCCGUUUGCACCCCAUUAUGGUGUCGGCGGAUUUUUGGAGCAUUUUCCAGCUUCGAUCUAUGGCUCGAGAGGAUCGAUCUAUUGUCAUCCUAGUAGAUUCAUGCGAGAUCCGGCAAGUUUCGUUGGAGAAGAUGGAUAUUCACACCCCUGGUACAAUGCUGCUACUAUGGAGCACUUUCGAGAACCCAAGGAUCAAGCUCCUCUGGACGAGCACGCUUUGCAGGCAUCUCCGGAAAACAAGUAUGAAGAGCCAACUGGUGGCAAGAACUUUUCCUUGAAAGACGCAAGAUUCACCGAAGAUAUGAGGCAACUUAUGUCCAGACUGAGCGUCUCGAAGGAGCUCGCGGGGCCUGAAGCUUACGAGGAGUACUUGAAGUUUAUGACGGACGAGAAAAUUGAAGCUCCAGAUGUGGAGCUAGAAGCUGAUGAACCUGCUAUGGCCUCAGACUUGGACGAUGAUUUUGUUUUAGAGGCUGAUCCCGAAGGAGAGGAUUUGCUCCGAGAAGUUGAUGGCCAUGGUUUAUCCGAGCCUCCUUUUCUCUCAAGUCCGUUUGAGGACGCUCUCAAGCUUUACAGGAAACCCGAAGAGGAAAAUCGAUUGCGGAAGUCCCUGGUGGGAUCGUUUUUACUUCCGCUCGAAUGUGUUUCUCUAUUACAAUCCGAAGAAGAGGCCCAUCCAAGCCACGAUUUUUCAGAAACCGCGAAGCGAGAGGAAAGUGGUGUAGAAUAUGGCACAGGAGACGACCCGAGUGUGGUAGACGGUAGACACACUCGAGGAGAGACUGCCGCAUCACAAGAAGCUGGUGAAGCGUUAAAGGUGGUGACAGAUAUUAAUGGUGGUGGGGAUUUUUCUUGGGAGAAGAAGACAAACGAUAUAGUUAUAGGCCUAGAGGUAGCGGACGACAGGAAGAACGUAACUAACAUAGAGGAAAGAGGAAGGGACAAUCCAGGCUCAGACGAUCGUCAUCUCGACUAUAACGUCAUAACGAGCAGUGGCAGCGACGGAGAUGAAGAUGGAGUACAGGGCGACGUGGGGGAAGAUGCCGAGACUUUACAGAAAGUUUCCGAAGCGCACGAGGAGGAGAACUUGCGUCGACAAAUCGAACAAGAAGCUACAGGCGUGGUCUCUGAGGUGGAAGAAACUUUAGCAAAAGCCGAGGAUGACUGGACAGAAGGAAAAGAUAUGACGCCACUGGAAGCCGUGGAGCAAUUGGAAGGUAGAACCAAUUCUUGCCAACUCGACGGAGUUCUGGAGUCUCUGGAACACAGGAAAUGUGAAGUCGAAGCGACAGAAGUGAUCGCGAGGCUAGAACUAGAAGCUAGAGACCAGGCUUUGGAGCCUGUGGAAGACUUGGAAGCUAAAGAGUCGACUGUGGAGCCUCGCGAGAACAGGAUAGAACUGGAAGCUGGCGACGAGGCUUUGGAAGCGAAAGAGUCGACCGUGGAGCCUCGCGAGAACAGGAUAGAACUGGAAGCUAGAGACGAAGCUGUGGAAGACUUGGAAGCGAAAGAGUCAACGGUGGAGCCUCGCGAGAACAGGAUAGAACUGGCCGAGGCUUUGGAACCUGUGGUAGACUUGGAAGCGAAAGAGUCGCCGAUGGAGCCUCGCGAGAAACUGGAAGCUAGAGACGAGGCUUUGGAACUUGUGGAAGACUUGGAAGCGAAAGUGUCGACGGUGGAGCCUCGCGAGAACAGGAUACAACUGAAAGCUAGAGACGAACAAUCCGGUGUUAAAGAAGUCACCGCUCACGAGCACAGGGAUGAAGCGGAAGACAGCGGCAAAACUCUGCUAGAGGCCGAGGAUAUCUCCAGAGAAGAUCUGGAGACGCGUGAAGCAUCCGGAGAUGCGGGAGAGAAUCCCGAGACGCCGAAAGGUAUGUCUAGUCCUCCUCAGGAUGAGCGUAAGCAUCUUGGGGACUGAGCCGAGCUCUUCCGCUUCUCUCUUUUUCUUUCUUUUUUCUUCUCGUCUCCUUCAUUGAGAUGGAUUUUUUUUUCUUUCUCUCAUCUGAUGGUUCGUUCCAUGGUGUUUUUUCUCCAGCUUCUCCAAUUCCUGGAAGGCUAAAAGUGAGGCUACCACUGCCAGUAAAAGAGAGUUCCUCUGUUUCUCCUGGGCUCUCUUCCUGGCCGUUGGAUCGAGCAAAUUUUAAGUGUU